AUGGUAUUUGCUAAAAUCUUUGGCAAUAAAUACCCCACAGAAGGCAGCAUGCCUAUUUGCAGGCUUGGGUCUAGAAUUUUGGACCACAAGUUUAAACCUGCAGAUAUUGGUAUGUUUGCACCAAUGCUUGACAUCGCUCAUGGCACAGGUCCUUUUGCAGCAGAACCUUCAGCCACGGAGAUUGACUAUGAUAUGGCUGAAGAUGUCAAACUCCUCCUCCCGAUGGUAGCAACUGUCUUGGACAAAAUGGACAAGGUCCACCAAAUUGCUACCGCAACAGUCGAAAGAUGUUUUUCUGCUAUGAAGAUUGUGAAGUCAAAUUUGCGCAACAAAAUCAGUGAUGAAUUUUUUAAUGCUGCAAUGAUAUGUACUAUAGAAAAAGAAGCACUUCUCGCAGUUUCAAAUGAUGAUCCUAACUACUUUUUCCCAUCAGAUCUUGAUGGCAUAACUUAUUCACAACAAGAAGUUGAUUAUGACAUAGGAGAGAGUUCAGAAGGAAUAAAGUUUUUUAUCCCAAAGGUCGAUGACGCGCAUAAGCCAAAUAUGAAAGCACAAUAUGCGACUAUAAAUGAAGUCAAAAGGAUGUACAGGGCUUAUGCGGACAACGCCGGCUUUGAUAUUCGCAUGUAUGUAAAAAAGACGAACAAGAAUGGCGAAAUUCAAACUAGGUGGUUUGUAUGUAGCAGGGAGGGAAACCCAAAAAAGAAGGAUUUUGAUUCGUUGUACAUGCAGUCGGGUGAGAGGAGAUAUCGUAAUACAAACAUCAAACGUUGUGGUUGUAAUGCUUGUAUAAAAAUCCAUUUGACAAAGGAUAGGGCUUGUUACGAGAUAUAUGAGUUCGUUGAGGAGUUGAGUGUAAUUUUCUGGGCGGAUGAAGUUGCAAGAAUUAACUACAAAGAAUUCGGUGAUGUCAUUUCGUUCGACGGUACCUUUCGCACUAACAAGCAUGCAAUGAUUUUUGUUUCUUUCUUGGCUGUUGACAACCAUAAGGCGUCUGUUGUUGUUGGAUCCGCUCUUAUAAAUGGAGAGACGAUUGAUAACUUUACAUGGGUUCUAAAUGUCUUUCUAAAGUGUCAUGCGAAGCAACCAGUGUUCGUAAUUACAGACCAAUGUUCUACAAUGAAGCAGGCUAUUCCGAAGGUGUUCACGGAAUCCAAGCAUCGACUAUGUAUGUGGCACAUUAUGAAGAAGGUCCCUUCAAAGGUUAGUGUCGCCCUAAAUCAUGAUCCUACGUUCAAUAAAGUCAUCAACAAGCUCGUAUGGAACAUUCAUAUUGGCCCAUCGGAGUUCGAGAGCCGUUGGAAUGAGAUGAUAGAUAAAUACAAUCUAGCUGGGGAUACUUGGUUUACAGAGAUGUAUGAAAUCCGACACUCGUGGAUUCCUGCCUAUUACAAGGACAYGCCGAUGUCUGGGCUAAUGAAAACAACCUCAAGAUCCGAGAGUUCGAAUUCGUAUAUCAACAUAUACGAAUCGUACUGGUUUGAUUUGGUGCAAUUCCUUAAUAAUUACGACGUAGCUAUAGAGAAACAAAGAUACAGACAAUUUGUUCACCAAACAGUGACGAGAACGACUAAUCCCAAGUUUGUUACUCCAUUGCGUUUAGAAAGUCAUGCAUCAAGCAUAUACUGUCGGAACGUGUUUUUUGACAUCCAAAAGGAAAUAAAGAAGGCUGUUUGGUUUUGUGCUAUUGAGACCGUCGAAUGCCGGGAUGAUUUCAAGUCGUUCAUGGGCCGUAAUUACUCAACAAACACAGUCGAAUGUGAUUGUAACCUAUUUACACGUAAUGGGUAUCUCUGUCGUCACGCGUUCAAGGUACUAAUAAAUGACGAAGUUGAAUGCAUUCCGGAAAAAUACGUAUUACGUCGAUGGAAACGAGAGUUAGUUCCAGUACAGAUACAGUCCGCAAGAGUUCGUUAUGGGGAGGUCAACGCCGAGAAAGAAAAGUCUAUAAUUGAUGUAUAUUCCAAGAUCGACGACAUAAUAAGCAUCGAAAGCAAUGAUCAAUCUAUAUUAGAUAGAUUGGGGCGUAACCUCGAUAAAUUCAUGGUUGAUAUAGAGAAGGAAGUUCCGUACGAAGACCCAUCCCAACAAAAGUUGGAUGCGAUAAGAGAUCAUCUAGGUGUUUCCAUACCUGAUGAGGUGGACAUUCUACCACCAUCUGGAAUAAGGAACAAAGGUUGUGAAACUGGCAAGAGGCUGCUUGAACUUGAUCUCAGUGUUUUGCUUGAAUCAGUAGUUGAUGCUAUUUGUUAG